UCCCGCGCGGGGCGUGCCGGAGAAGGGCGGGGCGCAGCCGGGAUCGGGCCACGGCGGGAGGAGGAGCUUGCGGAGGGGCCACCCCCCGGCUCUGCCCGCGGAUCCACUGCCCCGGAGGCCUCCCUCCAGGGCCCUGGCUGCAACUUCUCUUCCGUAGCCCCGGUCUGCGCCCGGGCGCACGCGCGCUCCCACUCGGGCCCCCGCGCCCACGGCGCCCAGCUCCCCCGCGCACCUCCCGUCUAUUUUUUCUUACUGCUUUCAUUCUCACACUCUAAAAUAGGUCACGGGGUGGAAGUUACACCUGGUACAGCCUCCGCCUCGGAGGCAAAAGCAGCUUUUCCUCCCCGGCUCCGGGAGAGCAUUGCAACUAUUCGGUUCGGUGGAGCUUCCCGCCCCCAUUCGGUGCAGGAAGCUCGCCGGCCGCGGCUCUAACAAUGGUCUGCGGAGGGGAGCGGCGGGAAGCCUGCUGUCCAGCCUAGUUCAGCCGGCCCUGCGCCUGCCCUCCCUCCGGGACCGGGAGGAGGGGGCGCGACAGGUCGGCUCACUUGCGAGCGCCCGGGACUGGAAUCUGGCCGCCUGGGUGAGUUCCUUUUGUCGUCCCUGUCGCCGAGGGUGACCUGUUUGCCUGGAAAACUUAGACGUGAUCAAAACAGGCGAGCCUGCCCUGCAGAUGGGGACUGCGGAAUGUGCCUCCGAGGUCCACCGGGCAAAUCAGGGCUCCGAGCUGCAGGGGACGUGCUUGGUGUCUUGAAGGGCCUGUGUCCCCUGCAGAGUGGCUCAUCAUGUGAAGGAAUCUCUACUUGAUGUCACCCUAGUACUUUUCACCUUUCACACUGAGAAAGUCCUGAGCAACAACUGUCACUCCCUGAGGGUGGAAACUGCCGUGAUUCACAAAGACAAGAAGUAAUUUUCCUGUAAUCACAAGAUGACUCAGGAUGGACCCUGAGGCGGCCCAGCUGGAGAAGCAGCACGUGCACGACGUGUAUGAGAGCACCGCCCGGUACCUCAGCGACCUGCAGGGCAAAGCCUGGCCCCGCGUCCGCCAGUUCCUCCAGGACCAGGAGCCCGGCAGCCUCAUCGCCGACAUAGGUUGUGGGACUGGAAAGUACCUGAAACUGAAUAGCCAGGUACAUAGCCUGGGCUGUGACUACUGUGGGCCGUUGGUAGAGAUUGCCCGGAGCAGGGGAUGUGAGGUCAUGGUGUGUGACAACCUUAACCUCCCCUUUAGGGAUCAGGGCUUCGACGCCAUCAUCUCCAUAGGAGUUAUACAUCAUUUCUCUACAAAACAAAGAAGAAUCCGAGCAAUAAAGGAAAUGGCCCGCGUCUUGGUUCCCGGAGGCCAGCUGAUGAUUUACGUUUGGGCUAUGGAGCAAAAGAACCGGCACUUUGAGAAGCAAGACGUGCUGGUUCCGUGGAACAGGGCCUUAUGCUCCCGGCUCCUCUGUGAAUCCAGCCAGCCCGGGAGAAAGAAGCAGUGUGGACACCUAGAGAGAAGCCACCCCUACCACCCUCCUUGCUCCGUGUGUAGCUGCUCUGUUUGUUUUAAGGAGCGGCGGGACUCCAAACGGUCCCACAGCGUGGACUACGAACCUGUCAGGGCCAGGACUUGUUGUGCAAACAUUUCGAGGGAAGCUGGGGAAGGAAACGGGUUCUAUAACACAUUAGGGAAAUCUUUUCGCUCCUGGUUUUGCUCCAGAUCUUUGGAUGAGUCAAGUCUGAGGAAGCAAAUUGAAAGAGUGAGACCCUUGAAAAACACAGACGGUUGGGCCACCAGCACUAUCUCCAUCCAGCCUUCCAGACACUCUAGUUUAGACAGGGAUCCCCAAGAGCCAUUUUCAACAAGAGAGCCAAGUUCAGACGAGGACGUGUUUGUGGAAAGUUCUCAGAAGCAUUUGGAGUGGCUGAGAGCACCAGCCCCCGGGAAACAUCUCCGCGGAGACCAUCAAGGAGAACCCGGGAGGAGUGGCGGUGGGGAUGGUCUGGGUAGCGCCCGCACUCCUGAGGAGGGUGCGGCUGCGGGUGCCUUAGGAGAAGGGAAGCCUUCUGCUCGUAGACCACUGAGGAGGAUCUCUGCGGUUGACUCCACAGAUUCCAUCCCAGACGACACAAUUCCUGUGGAAGGACAACAGCCCGACGUUUUGGAUUCCAGGGCCUUUAUGCGCUACUACCACGUGUUUCGCGAAGGCGAGCUCUGUGGCCUGCUGAGGGAAAACGUGUCAGAGCUCCAUAUCCUGAGCUCUGGGAACGACCAUGGCAACUGGUGCAUCAUCGCCGAGAAAAAGGAGACCUGUGGUUGACUGGCUCAUCUCAGACAGCUCCUCCGGAGAUGCGCCCCGCUCCCGUCGCCGGCGUUGGUUGGGAUGGCGACCUGACUCUGCAGCCACUUCCACUAUUUUUUGACCCACGCACGCUCUGGUCUGUAGAGACUGUGGGAGGUCAUCUUUGAAUCUUUGCGUAAACACAGAGCCGGGCGCCUGAAGCACUUGGCGAAGGGUGUUUGUGGGGAAAUGGUGAUGGAAGAGAUCUGAAGAUGCAGCAUGCAGUGCGCUUCAGUACAAUUUGGGGGUUUUCCCCCUGAAAGAUGAAAUUAUUAUGAGAAUACACGUGUAUAGUUUUUCAGUCUUAUAAACUGAUUUUAAAAGAUCCCGUUUGUAAGUAUACCUUCUAAAAACGGCAUUUUUAUAAAGUUAGGGGGUAAUUCUGUUUCUCAGAUUAUAUUUUAGAUCUGUGUGCCAGAUAACAGGUAAGCCUGUUCCAUUGCACAGAUGGAAAUCGAACCGGGUGAUAAAUUAUUUUGUUGCCAAGGCCUUGCUUCGACAUAAAGUCUUCAGAAAGGGGAGAAACAGGAGAGAGAGAAAAGACGUGUUACCGGGCUUUUCACAACGAUAAGCAAUCUCGAUUCAAGCUACGUAGAUAACAAGGUUAUCAGUGUCACUCAGAAGUUUUUAAAGGCACUGUUAGCACAGAGUGUCUGUGGUAUUUUUCUGACCUUAAUAGACCAGGAAUAUCCAGUUGUGAUAAGACCAAGAUUGACCAAGGAGGAGUUUUCACCUAGAACAGUGGUUCCCACCUUUUUUUUGGCACGCCCCACCUAAGGAUCUCUAAAAUCCUGAUGCCCCCCUGUGACAUAUAAUUCUUAUUCAAAAAGUGAACUCCUAUUCACAUGGAGGAAGCCUAAAAGGCCAUGAACUUGGUCUAAGUUCCAAAGAACAUGGCAUCCAUGAAAGAGAAAAAUAAAAGAACAAAAGGAUAGUUGAAGGACUGAGGAAGAGAUCACUAAGAAAUUGUUUUAAAAAUAAUAAUAAUAUGAAGUGAUAUGAAAAAAUAGCAAAUAAAGUUUCAAAACAUAAUAGAGAACUGAAAUGCAUGAAUAUGUCACAAUAUGUAUUUAUAUGCUGUAUAUGAGACCCCUAGAACCAUAAGAAAUGCAAAAAAUUCACUGUUAAUAACUCCUUCUCGAAUUGCCCCCCUGUGGGGCGUGUGGCCCAUGUUGAGAACCACUGAUCUGGAAUGAUGAUCUUUGGACUGAAUGGAUAUUUAAGAAAUGAGGAUCUGGGUGGAGCUCUCUUUUGGCUCUCAGUACAAAAGACUGUUAAAGGGUAAGAUAUUUGGCAUUGGUGGGAGAUGAGGUGUUGAACUUUUGAAAAUAACACUCGGGUAUUUAUCCUUUUGAAAGUGACCAUUUUGUUUGUGAUAGUAGACAUUUAGGCAGAAUCAAGUCCUAUUCAUUAAAGGUUGAAUUCCUGCCACUUUACAGAUGAGCCUGUAGAUUGGGCGUUGUGUGGUCACUGCCUCUGUUGAGAUUUAACCGUGGGUCUGUUUAAAUUCAUGUCAUGGAUCCUGAAUCGUAGAUAUAACUAGGACAGGACUAGAGAUCUAAGAAAAGCAGAAAUAAGUUGACCCAGGAAUACAGCGUCAGAUAUUUCCUCAAUGAGGAGAGAAUUGACAUUCGACAAAGAGCCUGUAUACUUUAUGGACCAUUGUAAUCCUGAAUGAAAAUCCAAAUCUUGUUCUAUUUUCCACUAAAAUUAACUGAAACAGUAAAGUAUUUCAUUUGUUUCUUUUU